CUGACAACAUUGGCUCGGGUUAGCCGUAACAACUAAUGACCUACAGAAGUUCUUUAGUUUUUUCAUACAUUUGUAUGAUAUUUCUCGUUAUUUUUUUAUAUAACUAAGGUGUUCCUGUAGCACAUGUCCAUUUUAACUCUGCCGACCUGUUGAUUUUCUGACGAAAAACUUUUCCUAACCUCUUCUUCUAACCAGCUAGUCUUACUGACCAGUUAGUUUGCUAAUUCACCUUAAGAUGUGCUCCAGUAGCAGCACAGAAGUUUUGCAGCAAGUCAGCCAGUUGUGGUCCAUGCUGGAUAAUCUCUGUGAAAAUGACCCUGCAGCCUACCGCACGCUCAUUGAGAGACAGCUGAAGGAAGGAGCUGAAUUGAGGGCACCGCCUGAGCUGGACUCGUGUCUCUGCACUGAAAUACUGAAACCAAAGAAAGGCCUGCUGUACAUCAACAUAUGUAGUUGGAAACAUGUGCCUGCACCUCAGGACCCCAGCAGGCCUUUACCAGUGUACACAGGAAAACUGGAAAAGGGCACAAAUGAAGGUCAAGGCUGGUAUGCUGUGCUGGAUGUGGCAUUAAAUCCUGCGGUGCUGCAGGAAAGUAAAGAGAACAAAGCAGAGAUUAACAAGGUCUAUAUGCUGGCCUUGAACUUUGCCCAGAAGGAGCUUGGGAUGACCUUAUCACAGCAGUACAGAGUUGUCAACAGUAGCCCAAAUAGUACCCCAGAUGAGUUGCACCGCCGGCUUGGAUUUCAGAAGUGGUCCAGCACCCCCAAACAAGCUGACACAGCUGGCCAGACACCAGCUGCCCUCCUUCAGCAAAUCUCCUCUCUACGAUCAGAAAACCAAGAUGAGGCCUCUGCUCCUCAAAUUAUCUGUAGACCUGCAGAGAAAAUAAAGAAGGAUUUGAUCCAGGUCAUCUCUUUCACUUCUGUGGAGCCUCAGAAGCCAGAGUAUCAACUCGAGGUGAAGACUGAUGCUUCAGAAGUUCCUCACAGUGUGGAGCUGACAGUGGAGCUGCCAAUGGUUUGCUCUAUGUCAGAGUGCCAGCUGAGCAUGUCUAAGGAUGACGUCUUGCUGGAGGUGGAGGAUAUUUACCAUUUGCUCGUGGAGUUCCCGAAAACUGUAAAUGAAGACAGUGCAUCUGCCGUCUUUAAUAAGAAGAAACGGAGGCUUACAUUGAAAGUGGAUGUUUUGUGACCAUUUGCUUUAAUUAAGAAACACCUGUGCAGUGUUUAAGCUAGCUAAAUGUUUUGAGAGUACAUUGUUCUGUGGAGAGACCCAUGUUCAGCCUCAGAAAUCAAGCUAACAAAUUGAACAGCCCGCGUGUAAACUGAUCCCUUUCUAAGAGCAAAAUGUUUGUGAAAAAAAAUGUAACAGUGUCCCUUUGUGCUGUGUGGGCAGCAGCAAAUUUAAUUCUAACCCCCCCACCCCCAAAUUAAUUGACUUUAAUGACAAUCUGUGGAUUUUGUUUAUUAAUGUGUGGGCGCAUGAGUGGAGGUGUAUAAUGGCUACGAGCUGGUGUCACUGCCAUAUGCAGGGGGGAAUAAUUGACAACAAAACGAUCCAUGCAAUAAUUUAUGUUUAUUAAAACA